AAUUCAGAUGCUUUUAAGUCUGUGAAACACUUUGUUACUUAAGUGAAGUUUAUUCAUAAUUAUAAUAUUAAUCUCAUUCAGUUUUACAGAAUCAACGAACCGCUCAUGUAAAAACCUUCCUCAUGAUGAUGAUGAUGAUGAUGACGCGUCAGAGCAGAGGCGGGUCUCACGCCUGCUACUUGUUCUGUGGACGGAAGUUUUUAACUCUUUACUAUCAGGAGCCGGAGACACUGAGCUGCUGUGUGUCCGGAAGACAUCCCGAGGACUGCUCCAUCCUCCACCUGUCCGACAGGGGGACAGACAGGGGGACAGACAGAGGGACAGACAGGGGGACAGACAGAGGGACAGACAGAGGGACAGACAGGGGAGAGACAGGUGGACAGACAGGUGAGAGACAGGGGGACAGACAGGUGGACAGACAGGGGACAGACAGGUGGGCCAUUCAUGGUGAUCUAUGGGCGAGUGUCUGCGCAGAGCUUGUCCAUGUCUGGAGACACUAUGGAAGAGGAGCUUCGGAGAGAAGCCUCCCUCAGCUGGAGGAGGAGAAGGAGGUGAAGGAGGAGAAGGAGGAGAAGGAGGUGAAGAAGGAGGUGAAGGGGGAUGUGGAGGUGAAGGGGGAUGUGGAGGUGAAGGAGCAGGUGAGGAGCCAGCCCCGGACAGCAGCUCCCUGUACACGGCCGUGUGGCCCUUCGAGGCCCGGGACCAGGACGAGCUGUCCUUCCGGGAGGGGGACCUGUUCCGCGUCACGAGCCGCAGCGGGGACUGGUGGACCGCGACGAGGACGGACCCGAACGGGCGCGUGCUGGAAACCGGGAUCGUCCCCCACAACUACCUGGUCCGAGCCGAGUCCCUGAGGAGUCAACCAUGGUUCUUCGGUCAAAUGAACCGGUUCGAGGCUCGGGGUCAUCUGCUGGCCGCAGGAAAUCAGGACGGCUCCUUCCUCAUCCGCCAGAGCGAGAAGGACAGCGUGGGACAUGUUCUCUCAGUGAGGUCGGGCACUCAGGUGAAGCAUUAUAAGCUCCACGAGGCGGUGGACUCGUUCUUCGUGGAGCCUUCUCAGAUCUUCUCCUCGCUGGUGGAGCUGGUGAAGUUCUACGAGUCUCACAAGCUGGUGAACAGCGGGCGUCUGGGGAGCGUCUGCAGGAGAAAGCAGCCCGACACCCCCGACCUGAACCACUCCACGGUGGACGAGUGGGAGCUGCCCCAGGACCAGUUCAGCCUGGAGGAGGAGCUGGGGAAGGGCUACUUCGCUGACGUGUACCGAGGACGCUGGAAGAACCACAUCAACGUGGCCAUCAAGAUCAUCAAGAGCGACUCGGAGUUGAACCACCGGGAGUUCCAGAGGGAGGUUCAGAUCCUGAAGAGCCUCCGUCACCGGCACCUCAUCUCUCUGUUCGCCGUGUGCACCGCGGCGUCUCCGUAUUACAUCAUCACCGAGCUGAUGGAGAAGGGCUGCCUGCUCACGUUCCUCAGAGGCCCAGAGGGGGCGCUGCAGGACACCGCGGCGCUCGUGGACAUGGGGGCCCAGGUGGCUGAUGGGAUGUCGUAUUUGGAGGAGCAGAACAGCAUCCACCGAGACCUGGCAGCUCGGAACGUGCUGGUGGGAGGAGACUACAUCUGCAAGGUGGCCGACUUCGGUCUGGCCCGGGUGAUCAAGGAGCCGUUCUACAUCUCAGAUGAUAAGAAGAUCCCCUACAAGUGGUGCGCCCCCGAGGCCAUGAGCCACGGGAAGUUCUCCAACAAGUCGGACGUGUGGGCCUUCGGCGUGCUGCUCUACGAGAUCAUCACGUACGGAGGCAUUCCUUACCCAGCCUUCAGUAACCAGGAGGUGUACCAGCAGGUCACCAAAGGUUACAGGAUGCCCGCUCCCGCCAAGUGCCCCGACCUUCUCUACAGCAUCAUGUUGAAGUGCUGGAGCCACGAGCCCAGCGAGCGGCCCAGCUUCAAGUCCCUGAAGCUGCAGCUGGACAGCAGCAUGUAUGAGAUGGGGUGACUCCGCCCCCUGCUCCGCCCUCCCCUGACCUCCUCUGACCUCCUGUGACCUUCUCUGACCUCCUCUGACCUCCUGUGACCUCUUCUGACCUCCUGUGACCUCCUGUGACCUCCUCUGACCUCCUGUGACCUCCUCUGACCUCCUGUGACCUCCUCUGACCUCCUGUGACCUCCUGUGACCUCCUCUGACCUCCUCUGACCUCCUCUGACCUCCUCUGAACCUCCUGUGACCUCCUGUGACCUCCUCUGACCUCCUGUGACCCCCUCUGACCUCCUGUGACCUCCUCUGACCUCCUGUGACCUCCUCUGACCUCCUGUGACCUCCUGUGACCUCCUCUGACCUCCUCUGACCUCCUGUGACCUCCUCUGACCUCAUCUGACCUCCUGUGACCCCCUCUGACCUCCUGUGACCUCCUCUGACCUCCUGUGACCUCCUCUGACCUCCUGUGACCUCCUGUGACCUCCUCUGACCUCCUCUGACCUCCUGUGACCUCCUCUGACCUCCUGUGACCUCCUCUGACCUCCUGUGACCUCCUCUGACCUCCUGUGACCUCCUGUGACCUCAGCGCACCGGACACGAAGUGGCGACUGGGACUCGUCACUGAGGACGAUUAUUUAAAAACCAGGAAGUAAAAGAACAGAAUCUCUCAGUGUUCCACACUUCACUAUGUAGUGACUUUAAAGUGAGCUCAUCGGGGAACGAUGAUCAACAACAACAACAACAACAACAACAACAACAACAACCUGGGCGAGUGAAAAUCCCACAGUUCAGAUGUUUAUUUACACUUCAAGGCUGAAAACAUGUUUCUUGUUCCUGCUGCUCUCGUCUAUGCUUAGAGUGCAAUGCAUGAUGGGAGAUAGUGCUCAGUUAGUGACCAUCGGUCGUGCACUAUUUUUCAUGAUGCAUUAUGGGAAACAAUGAGUGAAAUAGAAAACAUCAUUAAACAUUCGGACACCACUCUCUAUAUAUAUUUAUAUAUUUAUAGGCUUCUGUAAAGUGACUGCAAAGACUGAUCGUUUUUAUUCAGUUCACAUUUUAAAACAUUUGUUUCCGUUAUUCAGUUGAUUGUUAUUUCCUCUGGACCCGAAAGAAUUAUUAUAAUUUCAUUAUUUUAGUUUUUAGAAGCAAACUGAGAAUUUCCAGGUUUAUUUCAUCUCAUUUGAUCGAAGACUGAAAAUCUGAGUUUCCAUCCGGAGCUGAAGACGUCAUGAAAAUAAAACAUCAUCUUUUA